CCAAUCAUAUGCUCACUUGCGGAUUAGUUUUGCAGACGAGGAUGGGUAUUGAGGGAGAGACAGGCACAGCAAUUCACUCACUCUAUUUCACUAUCAGUCAUUAUUUUGGGACAAGCUGUAAAGUAGCCUAUAGCAGCAAUGGUCUACAUCAUAGUAUAAUAAUAUCCGUGGUUUUGAAUUCUGCCCUUGGCAUUCCGGAGGCAGCCCGGUGUGAGUGAGCGAGAUCGGAAUCCAGGUCCAGGUUUGGAAUAUACAAUAUUAUAUCUGUCGUCGUUGAUAGAAGAGACGAAGGGGUUUAAGGAAGCGCUCAAGAUCGAAAGCGUUGCGAUUGGUUGAGGUCAGGUAGGAAUCGGGGAGCCGUUCGUUUAGGGAGCCGUUCGUUUAAAACCCCGUCCCGGUAUGCCUUGCAUUUAGACGCAAAUUAAUUUUCGUCUAUCCAUGUUCAAAUCGGGCAACUACCCCAUGGCGGCGGAUACUGCGCCCACCACCAUGCAUGGGAGUUGGUUCAACAACACGGGCUACAUGGAAAACAAUAUGCCCGUGGCGGUGGAGAAACCGAAGAAGGCAUUUUACCUGGUCAGAAUGAUGUCUCUCAACAACAAUAAGAAAGGGCAACAAACCAAGCAUCAGCAAACCAACCACCAGCAUCACCAGAAUAACAAUAUGCCCUUCAUGAUACACUGUCACAUCGGAAAAGAGAUCAAACACAUUUGCAGCAACUGCAGUCGCGGGAACGAAACCCAGGACGCAGAGGAGGUUGAAAGGCGGUCCGCAAUGCGUUCCGAGUCUCUGGUCUCUGGCACACACACCCCGCCCAUCCGCCGCCGGAGCAAGUUUGCCACUCUGGGCCGUCUCUUGAAGCCCUGGAAGUGGAGGAAGAAGAAGAGUGAGAAGUUCAAGCAGACCUCUACCGCGUUGGAGAGGAAGAUGUCGGUAAGGCAAAGCAGAGAAGAGCUGAUCAAGAGAGGUGUGCUGAAAGAGAUCUUUGAGAAAGCAACCGUGGAGUUUCGAUCCUCGAUGGAGGGUGGAGUCUGCACUCGUGAGCCCUCUAGUAUGAAGUCGUCCAUGGUCCUGCCUUCCAAGAAAUCUGUUGGUUUCCCCAACAACGUUCAGGACAAUGUCGCCAAGACCCCCAUGUACCACAAACAGCCCCCUGCGCUGCCCCCCAAACCUUUCAACAGGAUCCCCAACCACAGCACAGACUCUUGUCAGCAGAUGAAGCUGCCUUGUAUGCCAGGCCAGGGAGGCAAGCUAUCUCCUCCUCUACCUCCCAAGAAAUUGAUGAUCUGUGUGCCUCAAGGGGGAAUGGACAACUCUUGCUCCUCACCCUCUCCCCUCGGCACCUUCUCCCAGCCGAAGUUCCCCCCUCCACAUGGCCACCUCCAAGGCCAUCCCCCCCACCAUGGCCCUCUGCUGCCCUCGCAUCUCACAUCCCUAGCCAACCUCCACCAGGGGCUCCAGGGGGGCGGGAAGCACCAUAACCACGGACACGCACACAACCAAGGCCACCAGCUCCAUCUGCAGUAUGGCUCCAUGCAAGGCCAUGCCCCCAGCCGCAUCAUCGAGGAGCUCAACAAGACGCUGGCCUUCAACCUGCAGAGGCUGGAGAACAAUGCAAUGCAUUCUGGUCAGUGUAGUCUUCUGGACAGAAGCCAGGUGCCCUCUGAGAUCAUCGACGAGGACGACAAAGAGAACAUGCCCAACGAGUCUGACUAUGAGGACCUGCCCAGCAUGUACAAAAAUGAGGAUGAUGAUGAUGAGGAUGAUGAAGAUGAUGAUGAGGAUGAUGACUCGCUCUUUACAAGUACCCUGGGUCUGAAAGUGUUGAGGAAGGAUUCUCUGGCUGUCAAGCUGAGUAACCGUCCAUCUAAGAGCGAGCUGGAGGAGAAGAACAUCCUGCCCAUGCAGACUGAUGAGGAGAGGCUGGAGUCCAGGCAGCAGAUAGGCACCAAGCUCACACGGCAGUUGAGUCAGAGGCCCAGUGCUGAGGAACUGGAACAGAGGAAUAUCCUGAAACGUGAGUACUCGCUCAACGAACAGGAGGAGUUGGAGGAGAAGAGGGAAAUAAAACGCAGAUUAACGCGAAAGCUGAGCCAGAGGCCUACGGUGGAGGAGCUGAGACAGGCUAAGAUCCUGAUCCGCUUCAGUGACUACGUAGAGGUGUCCGAUGCCCCGGAACACGACAGACGGGCAGACAAACCCUGGACCCGCCUCACGGCAGCCGACAAGGCAGCCAUACGGAAGGAACUCAACGAUUUCAAGAGCCAUGAAAUGGAAGUGCACGAGUCAAGUCGCCAUUUAACCAGGUUUCACAGGCCGUAGACCAUCACUGUCUAUAGGAACGCCAGACAGACUGGCUGUUUUCCUUCACUGAGAACCAUAAGUGCUGGACAGUAAAUGGUGCCCAUUUCUACAAUAAGGCCAUGUCUUCUUCUGAUUUGAAAUGCCUUUUCAAUACCCUGCUACUCAGUCGGUCGGUACCUUCCCCUCCAGAGACAAAACAGUAGUUGAACACCUUUAGUAGCCCCUCCAACUCCCACAAUUUUCUCAAUGUAACUGACUGACGAGUUCGUCCCAUACCUUAGUGCUGAGCUCUCAGGAAGGCGCUCAGUGCUUUGGGGAUGAUGAUAGUGGGAUGGGCUGGUUGGGAUUGGACACCUGCCAUCUCUACUCCACUGACUGGCUGUCAUGGUUACCAGGUACCUAUGCCCCGCCCUUGUCACUGUCUCAUCAUUGGCUUGUCACUAUUGGUGGAAGGAGCCUCCACAUCCUCACUCAAUCAGAAAGGACAUUUUUUCUCCCUCUACCCAUGGACGUUGCAAGAGAUGGACUUCAACCACUUGGAGAAUGUUAUCCUUGGUCUGUUAAGAUGAACCUAGUGCUGUUUGUGGAUUCAUCUACAGUGUUUAAUUGGUUAAAGAGAAAAAGAAAUGAGGGGUCUGGUCCAUAAAACAUUUCAGAAUUAUGUGCAAUAUUUUCCCUCUGCUCUCUCCUUAGGUCAUAGCGCCCUCUGGGGUUCACCCUGUCAUGACCAUGCAAUCCCACCUCUACUUCUCCCCAUGGUGGUCAGUUCAGUUCCCACUGUACCCACAAUGUUGAUCUAUUGCUAACUGUGAAUUUGAAAGUGCAGACAAUGUUUUGUUUACACUCUCCAAAUAUACAUUGUGUUUAUACAGAGGUAUGAAGUAACAUUUUAAAUAGAAUCACGCUUCAAUACUGUUCUUUUCAUGUCGGGAUCCUGAAAGGAUGAAAGGGUAACCUUAAUGAAAAAUGUAGCUGGCAGAUAAUGCACUGACUGUAUGUGUUAAGGUUGAACAGCUUUUUACAUCAUUUUUAUUUUUAAAAGUGACACUUUGAUUUUAAACUGUGGGUUAUGUGGCUUUAGGGCAUGUCACAGGUCUCUGAUGUUUGAAUAUAGACUCCUUCAGAGAAGAGCUAUUUUGUGUCCCAAAUCUCAUCCUGUUUUCUAUAUAGUACACUACUUUUGACCAGAGACACAUAUGGGCCCUGGUCAAAAGUAGUGUACUAAAUAGGGAAUAGGGUUCCAUUUAGGAUGUACAUGUGGCUCGCCAUCCAGGGAUACUUUAUGCGUUUUACUGUUGACAAUUAAGCUUUUCUCAUUUUGCAGUCUUAUGUUUAAUGAACUCUGCUGACGUGAGUGCACUGCACUCUAUUUUUCAGUCUUUUCUGUAUAAUUAAGAACAAGUUAUAUUCUUUCUGCUGCUUGGCAAACUGUAUGAAAACCUUUUUAGUUUGCUUGUAAACGGUCCUCUCCAUUUUUUUUGUGUUUUUUUGUUGCCAUUUUAGGAAAGGCCCCAAUGGGAAUAUCGGGAUUGAAAUCCUAUUGGCCACUGUUUUGAGUUGUUUUAAAAUGCUACGUAUUACUCUUAUAGUUGCAAUAUGAAAAUGUUUGCUUGUCAUAAGACGUAGAUUAGAUCUGGUGAAGGGUCUGAUUGGCCACCUAAGGUAUUAAUGUAUUUGCAUAGGAAAAUGCACCAACAAAAAGACAUCCUCUGUCAUUUUUAACGUCUUUGUAGUUGAGGCCCAAUGAAAUUUACAAAAACAUUAAGGAACAUCGAAGGUAUUGCACAUAUAUUUGGUUAUCAGGUAAACAUGGGUCCUUAUUAUAUAAAAUGUUAGUUUAUUCUCCACAUAUUACUUAAUGCUUAAUUUAUUACACAGGUUAUUCUCUUUCCCAAUGUCCCUGUUUUGUUUUUCCUAAUUUCAUUGGAACAACUUAAAUCAGUAGAUUCUUCAAGAGAUGAUGGGGUCAUGUUUUCUGCUUGAAUCAGCAUCCUUGUUGAUUCCAGCAUCAUGCCAACCACGUCAUCAUGUUUGCCUCAAACCGUUUUGGGCAUUGUUUUGAAUCCUAACGCUUUGAUCAACAUCUUGAGGGGGCUCCUCUCUCUUUUGACAGACCACUUAACCACAGAGCAUAUAGUAUGAGGAUGGUGUCAUGUUGGAAUUGAGGAAUAUGAAUUCAGUCAUAAACUUUUGUUACAUGUACUUGUUGAGAAUUUAAUUUGAAAGUGAUUUGAUUUAUUUUGGAAAUAGGAAUUCCUUUCCAUUUACAAUGUGAAUGACCCCCUUGUCUGUCUCUCUAUUAAACGUCGUUAUGCAUUUUGCAUUCUGUUCACUAUCAUUUAAGACACGUUUUCUCAAACCAUGGCAAUAUUGACAUCCGCUAUUGGGUCUUUAUGGCUGCCCAGGAAUUGUAGCUAAUGUGAUUUAGAGUAAAAUACUGCCUUACUACUUUGGCUUUGUGUGUGUGUGUGUGUGAGAGAGAGUUAUGCUUUUGGAUCUUUAUGUUGACCACCACAACCUCAUCGGUCUAUCAUAAAGAGGUUAUCCCACAGAGCUCCAAUGAAUCACCAUGUAAUUCUAUGGGUUAUUCCUUUUGCUUUAUGAGUUCAGGGAAGCUCACUCUCUCAUCCCAAAUAGUCUGGAUGUACCACUUGUUGGUGUUUUGGGGUUUCAUAGAUCCAAUAACUGUUCCAAGCACGUCAAAAUAUUUUCAUCCAACUAAAAAGUCCAUUUUGACAAUUUAUUACAUUUGUAAAGCACUUUUCAUUAUACAGAAUAAUCGAAGUAGUAAUGUAUAGUAAAACCUAUGUACAGGAUUCUCCAAUGGCCUACCCUAUGUCAGAUCUUCACUUUGCACAGGUAGACAAUGCAUGCAACGGGUAGACUGAUUUGUUUAUGUCCAAGAAAUCUUAUUAAAAGGAUUUUCCCAGCAA